UCGACUGACAGAUUGACAGAUAAGUCAUUAAUCAGUCAUCGGAUAUCGGCAUUAUUUUAAUCAUUUUGUUAUUCGUAUAAUAAUUUUAAUUUUCUAUUGAUUUUACUGGAAAAUAUCUAUAUAACUAGUUUAUUGUUCUUUCAUUGAUUAUUUUCUUAAUAAAUCCACGUGUCUGUAAAAGAAAUGGUGGUAUUUACAUGUGGACACUGCGGGGAAUCUGUCCAGAAACCUAAAGUCGAAAAACAUUACUUGACAAAAUGUAGGAACCGUAAUCCCAACUUGACCUGUAUGGAUUGUUUUAAGGAUUUUUUUGGCAAUGAUUAUGAAAGUCAUAUUAAAUGUAUAACAGAAGAAGAGAGAUAUUCAGGAAAAGGUUUUGUUGCAAAAGAGAAAAAAGGUGAAAAGAUGCAAAAUGCUUGGGUGGAGAUUUUACAGACUGUGCUUGACGAGCACAAAAAUGUGUCAGGGAAUGUAAGACGCAUUAUUGAGACUAUCAGUAAACAUAACAACACUCCACGUAAGAAGCCAAAAUUUAUCAAUUUUGCUAAGAAUGUAUGUGGCCAAAAGACGAAUCCAAAAGAUAUUGAUGAAGCAUGGGAUCUGAUAUCGGUAAAAUUAUCUGAGUUAUCAAAUGCACGGAAUAACCAAAAUAAAAGUAAUGGUACUGUUUCUAAUGGUGAUACUAAGAAAGAAAAACAAAAUGGUGAAGUUGCCGAAAAUGAAUCUAAAGAGGAAAAUGAUUUAGAGAAUAAAAGUGACACAGGUUUAUUGAAUGGUAAUGUAGAAAAUGGAGAUGAUAAAAAAUUAACAAAGAAGCAGCGCAAGGAGGAGAAGAAACGUAAGAAGUAUGAAGCAGAGUUACAGAGUGCUGUUGCUCCACCAGUUGAGGAGGAGGAAACUCAAAUGAAGAAAGGAAAAAAGAAGAAGAAUAGGACAGAAUCUGUGAAUGGUGAUACUGAAGAAGCUGUACAAAUUGAAAGCAAAAAACAAAAGAAAAGAAAGAGGCAAGAUACUGUAAAUAGUGUUCAGGAGAUGACUGAAAAUCUUAACAGUGAAAAUAUUGAAAAUGAACCACUGCAUAAAGAAAAAACACAAAAAAAGAAAUUGAAGGUUGUAGAUACAGCAGAUCUAGGUGUUGAAAGUAUUUGUUUGCAUGAUCAAAAUGUUGCUAAGACUGAAGAUACAGAAAAUACAGUGACAAAUGGUAAAUUUGAUUGGCAUGCUGUUAUUCUAUCAGUUUUGGAGAAAAAGGGAAAUGAGGUCCCUUUUAAACGUUUGCAGAAGAAAGUUUUAGCUGAGUUUACUGAAACAACUGGUCAAGAAGUAGAUGAUAGAAUUGCAGACAAAUUUAUCAAAAAGUUGAAGAGUGCCCCAAAUGUUAGGGUUGAUAAGAAUCGGGUGCUGCUUGUGCAAUAGCUCAUGUAUUUUGAAUAUUUGGAUGUUUUAGAAUUAGUAUCUACAGUUUGAUUAAACACAUUCUGUAUAAUUUUUUUUAUGAUAACAAUAAAUUUCCUUAUGUUUUUUCUGUAUUUUUUGUGUGAUUGUUUUACAUUGAAAUGUAUUACAUAUUUUGUUUUAAUUUUUUUUAUAUUUACUACUUUCAGUUUUCAGAAUAUUAAACAUAUUACAACUUAUACUUUUAAGUAAAUAGGACAUUCUCAAUGAAUGAUGCUAAUGGUUUUUUUUUCUCAAAUAGGUUUUUCAUUUAUUAUAAUAUUGUUUAAUAUGGAUCUAAAACACAAGUAUAAUAUAUUUGUUUACUAAGGUAAAUGCAGCUUUAUUGUGUUUGCAACAUAAUAACAAUACAAUUAUAAUAUUUAUAGAUUCAUGUACUGUAGUUACUGCCAGUUGUCUAUAGCUUAUGCUUAGUUCUUUAUAUAUUUUUCAGUCAAAUAUGAGACAUUCAUACUUUCAUGAAUAAAUACUUGAUCUUUCA